GGGACUGAAUGUCUGAUGGAUUCCCUGGCGGCAAGUACGAAAAGCUCGUGGAUGCAGAAGACUACGUCGGAUCUGCGCGCACGUCACCCUUCUCGAAGAAGUUAGCUGGAUACCACGCUCUGAACGUCGGGAGGAACAAGCGGCAUGGUACGGUUCGCAACGACGAGGGAGGCAGAGCACUGCGUUGGGGCUGCGUCCGCGUCCGCUUUGGGGGAUCAGGCCCCAGCUAGUGAUGGUUUACUGCGAUGAUGGCGGAAUGGCAAG